AGGAUGGCAGCCGCUUCUUUCCGCUACGGCAUGACCAUCACCGGGGCCGUGCUGCUGGUGACCGGGACGCUGUGCUUCGCCUGGUGGAGCGACGGGGAGGUGGGCACCCAGGCCAGCAGCGGGGCUCGCCUCCUGCCUCCCCGGGAAGCCCAGGCAGUUCCCAGCUCCUCCUCCUCUUCCUCUUCCUCCUCCAACGCCCUGCUCCGCUCCGUCAGCUUCUUCUGCUGCGGCAUCGGCGGAAUCCUUCUCCUCUUCGGGCUGCUGUGGUCUGUGAAAGCCAACGCCAGGGUGGUAUCCCGACGCUACCAGUACCAUUUCCCCAGGGACCUGCAGUACUUCACGGCCGAGCCUCUGGAGAAGUGGAACUGCAGGACCUGGGACGGCACCGCCAUCCCCACCUACGAAGAAGCCCUGACCUGCAGACCUGCCCAUGGUGCCCCAGCCUACAUCCAGCCGCCGGGGAGGAAGGAGGAGCUCACGCCACCCCUGUACCACUACCUGGAGGAGGAUGAGGGCUGGCAGGGCGGGCGGCGGCGCAGCUCCUCUGACAGCGCUUUGUUCCGCCCCAGCCCCUGCUGGCUGGAGCUCCAGCAUCCUGCCGAGCCGCAGGCAACGCCACCCCCCAGCUACGACAGUAUCAGCGGCCGCGGCAACUGA